AUGGCUGCUGUCAUUGAGCGACAACUCGUUUCGGAGGUCCCGGCUAUUGAGUCUCGGGCCGAAGAGAAGAAGAAGGAUGACGAUGAGUACCGCCACAUGGAAGUGGUCGAAAAGGCUCAAGGAUUGGUCGGUGCCGACCUGGAAGGUGCCAUGGUCGCCGAGCAGGAAGAAAGUGAGAUGACUUUUAAGGAGGCUAUCCGAGACUACAAGGCAGCCGUCUUUUGGUCUUUUGCCAUCUCCCUCUGUAUCAUCAUGGAAGGUUACGAUACUGCUCUUCCUGGUAACUUCAAUGGUCUCCCCGCCUUUCGACAAAAAUACGGUGUCUACGUCGAUGCUCAAUCAGGUUACCAGUUGACCGCUGCCUGGCAGACUGGUCUGAAUUACUGCGGUGGCGUCGGAUCAAUCUUGUCGAUUUUUGUCACUUCCGGGUUGCAACAGAAAUACGGUUAUCGACGAAUCAUUCAGGGUGGGCUUGCCGCCAUGUUCUGCUUCGUAUUCCUCCAAUUCUUCGCCGUCAACAUUGUCAUGCUCGCUGUCGGUUACCACCUUUGCGGCUGGGCGUGGGGCGUUUUCCAAGCCAGCGUCGUCUCUUACGCCAGUGAAAUCACUCCUGUAGCACUCCGAGGAUACCUUACGACCUACGUCAACUUGUGCUGGAUUAUCGGUCAAUUCCUCGCCGCCGGUGUUUUGAAGGCCAUGUCGUCACGAACCGACGAGUGGGGAUUCCGAAUUCCCUUCGCUAUUCAAUGGAUCUGGCCUAUUCCUCUGAUAAUCCUCAUCAACUACGCUCCUGAGUCGCCUUGGUUCCUCGUCCGAAAGGGCCGUCUUGAGGAGGCUACGGCUGUUAUCAUCAGAAUUCAGAAGAAGGGCUCCAAGGUUGACCCCCGAGACACUAUCGCCAUGAUGAUCCGAACGGACGACCACGAGAAGAAGGUGUCGGCCGGCACCACCUACUGGGACUGCUUCAAGGGCUCCGACCUGCGCCGAACUGAAAUUGCCUGUUUCGCUUGGGCUUCCCAAAACCUCUGCGGUCUUUCCUUCGCCGGAUCGUUUGUGUACUUCCUGCAGCAGGUCGGUAUCUCCGCGGAAGACUCGUUCUCAUUCAACCUCGGAUCUGUUGGCAUGGCUUUCGUCGGAACCAUUCUCUCCUGGUUUAUCCUGAACAGAUUCGGCAGACGAACCAUCAUGGUCUAUGGCUCCUGUUUCUUGACAAUGAUGCUCCUCAUCAUUGGUAUCCUGACCGUUUCCCAUGCCAACGGUGCCAAGUGGGCUCAGGGUGUUCUUAUGAUGCUCUGGGUGUUCAUUUUCGACCUGUCUAUCGGCCCGCUCGCCUAUUGCAUCGUGGGCGAAACGUCUUCGACCCGACUCCGAGGUCUUACCGUUGGCCUCUCCCGAAACGCGUACAACCUCGUGGGAAUGCCUUUCGGAACCCUCUUCAACUACAUGCUCAACCCUUCAGCCUGGAAUUGGGGUGGAUACACGGCCUUCUUUGCCGCCGGUACAGCCGCGAUCGUCUGCAUCUGGGUCUUUUUCCGUCUUCCUGAGAUGCGCGGGCGCAGCUACCGAGAGCUGGACAUCCUCUUUGAGCGACGCGUCUCUGCCCGCAAGUUUGCUACCACCAAGGUCGAGGCCUGGGAGGACCAAUAA